AGGUCGGAGGAAAAGCGGCUCCAUAUUAUAUGGGAUCCACGACUAGUCUCCCCCGUGGGGCAACUUUUCUCAGGACUUACUCCCCCGCAGUAUCUAACCUUCCUGCCGACAGGUUGAAGGCACUGCCAACAGGUGCACCUCCGAAACCUCAACGUGCUUAUAGCAGCGGAGGCAGCCAUAACUCCAGCGAUGGCCCACCCCGACCGCCGGAACGUUUUGCUCCCUUCCAAAGGCCCGCCAACCCCCUCUAUGUACCAGAUGGUUAUAUGUCGUCACCAGAAAGAGGGUCGAGGUAUGAGGAUCCCUACUACAGCCAGUAUGGUACAAGAUCGGGAUCAAUAACUCCUGUAAUAGAUGAAGAAGUGAGUGACACGGAACUUCUAGAUGAUUCAUAUUCGCUCUACGGUGUUAAACCUGGAGGAGCGGCACCUCGUACCAAUGCGCGGCCAGGAUUUCCGGCACCAGCCGCAGUACCUUAUGAUGCAACUAGAUUAAGGGUAGAAAAUAUGGAGCGACAAUUAGCAAACCUGACGGGAUUGGUUCAAAAAGCGCUAACUCAGCCGAGUACUUUGCAAAUACCAGGAAGGGACGGAUAUCGAGAUAAGUCCGUUUCGUUUGAGAAGUCGGUUUCGUUUAGUGACGAACCUCCGGAUAUGAAUUCGCCUAAACAACACAGUCCACAACAUGCAGAACGAGAUCGACUGAAACCAGCCCCACCACCAAAACCAGCCUCUCUCUCGCCCAGUCAGUACGACAGCCGAAUAUACAGGGAUCUCCAAUUGACGCCGGAAAUGUACAAUCAAUUACGCGGUUUGCAGAAGAAAGCCAAAGAUCUACGAGCCGAAGUGAGGAAUCUUCGGAGAAUGUCGCAGGCGCAAGCGCAUUCAGUCAAGGAGACUAUCAGGGAUACCUUUAUCAAAAUUCGGGCCAUGCUGUUGGCUGGCGGCGAACAAGUUUGGCAAGCAGGUAUGGAUCAAGAAAGGGUACGGUUAACUAGAGAAGAAGAUCUUUACAAGCAAGAAAUGUUACGCCUGGAAAAAGAUUUGAGCGAAUUGGAAUCGACAGUGGAAGAAUUGAGAGGCAACGUUAUCAAUAGAAAAACGCGAGUGAAUAUGUCGGACGUCGAAAAUAUGGCUCUAAUAUUAAGUAAAAGUUCGAAAACUGUGGCUGAUUUGAAGUUGAGAUUUCCUGGCCUACAAGACAGUAUGAAGACGCUACUAACAACUGAAAUGGACAAGAUGGUUAGAGAAGAGAAAUUUUUGAAAGAAGAACCUGAAAGGCUCGAGAGUGCACUUAGGAGGUGUAAAAAGCUCACUGGAACCUUGGUUACAUUAAAAAGGUAA